CCACUGCUAGUUAAUGAGUUAAGAGACUUAACAUAGGUAGAGCCAAUGUGAGCUUACUUAAAGGAGGCGGACCCGUUUCAGUGACCGAAUUCUCUCAAGGGGUUGCCUGUCUUCAAAAAUUUCUGGAGCCGUUCAAAUAUUGUGCAGUGGAAAAUAUGAUCUAUCAAGUGAUAUCCCUUUCAUUCACCAACUGCCAUAGACCUUUCGGCGCUUCAAGAUUCAAUAGAUUUGCCACACUUGGACCCUUCCUUUGUUUAAGGACAAAGGUGAAUUAUUGUUUGCCAUUAGUAAUGACAGUCGGUGUUGCAACCACCACCACCGCAGCUGCUGGUAUUGCUAACUUCAGUUUUACCAGGAGGAAAUGGAGAAGACCGUCUAGCAGGCAAAUUUUUGACUGCAAUGUGAAAAUUAGUGAGCUUGGUCGUUCUGGAAAUAUCAGGGCUGCGCGUCAACUAUUCAACGAAAUGCCUCAACGAGAUGUAGUCUCAUGGAAUGCGAUCGUUGCUGCCUACUGGCAGAAUGGUCUUGCAGAGAAGGCCAAGUCACUUUUCCUCUCAAUGCCGAAAAGGAAUGUGGUUUCAUGGAACUCAAUGGUUGCUGGCUGCAUUGAGAACGGCAUGCUGGAAGAGGCGUGUGAGUAUUUCCAGGAGAUGCCGGAGAGAAGCUCUGCAUCUUGGAACGCCAUGAUUUCUGGAUUUGUUAAGUUUCGCAAGAUCGAGGAAGCCAGAAAGUUGUUUGAGGCAAUGCCUCAGAGGAAUGUGAUUUCUUAUACAGCCAUGGUGGCUGGUUACGCAGAGAGGGGUGAGCUUGAUGACGCUCGAGCUUUGUUCGAUGGAACCCCGAACAAAAAUGCAGUAUCGUGGACUGUGAUGAUCAAUGGGUACGUGGAAAAUGGAAGAUUUGAAGAUGCUCGGAAGCUCUUCCAUGAAUUUCCGGACAAGGAUAAUGUCGUUGUACUGACUACCAUGCUUUCUGGGUACUGCAAGGAGGGUGACAUGGAACUAGCAGAGGAUAUUUUCCAACGAAUCCAACAGAAGGACAUUGUAUCUUGGAAUGCUAUGAUUUCAGGUUAUGCACAAAACGGCCAGGAGGAGAAAGCCUUGAAGCUGCAGAAUAAGAUGCUCAGGUCAGGGAUGAAACCUGACAGCUCCACUCUUACUGUGGUCCUUACAGCAUGCGGAAAUCUUGCUUCUCUGUGGCCAGGAAAACAGGCGCAUGCAAAUGUAAUAAAAUAUGGUUUCAGAUCGAACAACUCUACCUGUAACUCACUGCUAACAAUGUACAGCAGAUGUGGUAGUAUUGGUGAUUCUGACUCUGUGUUUGAAGAAAUCCGGAGUCCAGGUUUGGUCUCCUGGAAUGCUGUUAUUGCAGCCCACGCACAGCAUGGCCACCAUAAAAGGGUGCUCAGUUUGUUCUCUUCAAUGCAAAGUGAUGGCCUGAAACCGGACGCCAUUACAUUUAAGAGCAUUUUAUCUGUAUGUGCACAUUCAGGCAAGAUACAGGAAAGCUUAGAUCAUUUCUAUUCCAUGGUUCCUGUUCACGGUGUUGUCCCAACUGCUGAUCACUAUUCGUGCAUGGUCGACAUACUGAGUCGAGCAGGUCAACUAGAUCAAGCAUUUGCAUUGGUCUGCGAAAUGCCAUUUGAACCAGAUGGUGCAGUUUGGGGAGCUCUGCUCGGAGCAUGUUGUGUCCAUCAGAAUCUGGAGUUGGGAGCACUGGCAGCAAGAAAACUUGCAGAGCUGGAACCCCAUAAUUCAGGGCCAUAUAUUUCAAUAUCCAACAUAUAUGCAACUGCUGGCAUGUGGAAAGAUGUAACCAGGGUUAGACUGUCGAUGAGGGAGAAAGGGGUGAAGAAGCAACCAGCUUAUAGUUGGACAGAAAUUGACCAUGAAGUCCACUUUUUCAUGGGAGGAGAUGUAUCGCAUCCAAGGAUCGACCAGAUUCACGAGGAACUAGCACGGAUCGACCUAGAAAUGAAGUUGGCUGAGCAUUGAAGGCCAUCCCUUAAUAAGAAGUCGCCCUGGCUCGUGCGAUACAUCACAUUUCAAUACGCCCUGUAAUUAACUGUGAAGAUGCCUGUAAAUAUGUAGCAUCAUGUAUAGGACCUUCUACCCGACAAAAAAAAAAAUGUAUAGGAGGAGGUUGGAAAAUUUUCAUGUUUGGGCUCAGUCAACCCUCUACCAUCAGCAAGAGGCAGCAAUUUCGAAUCUCCCAUCGAACUCUAUCGGAGAGGUAAAUCUUUGGGGCCAAAUCCUGUUUAUCUCAAUGUUCUCCAGUGCCACUCCGUUUCUGCUGUAAGCAUUCUUUUCCCGCUAAGGGGCUCUGUUUUUGUUUGAACAUUCUUUUUAAGUCUUUGUCUGUAAGACUGUAACCUCAGAGAGAGAGAGAGAGAGAGAGAGAGAGAGAGAGAGAGAGAGAGAACAAGGCUGUAAUAGAUGCAAGAAAAGGCCUAUGGGUCAUCGCUGCUUAUCAACGCUUGAUUGGUUACUUCAAAAUCAUGUUUGUCUAUGUAAUUAAGCUGUAACAUGAGGUCUCUUUUGCUUUUCCUAAGCCCAAGGAGAAAAACCUGUGCUGAAACGUCACGCCAAGGGCAAAAA